AUGAAUGCUGAUACUUGUGUUUCUUAUUGUGAUCCGGCUGCCAUGGAUUCCUACUACAACGCAGCCUCCCAGGGCACAGAAGGCUCCUCGCCUUUUAGGGCAUUUCAAGCAAGUGACAAGUUCAGCCCUACUUUCCUGGCCAGCAAAGGACAAGGCUUUGGUGACAGCAGCACUAAGUGCCGGAGCCGCUACAGCCAGCAGGAAUGUCAGUCCCUGGAUGGCAGCGUGCAGGCUCCCGGCUCCGCCGGGGCUCCGGCCUCCUUUAACAAAUACCCUCCGCAGCAGCAGCAGCCGCCGCACCUCUACAUGCAGCGAGGCCCCUGCAAAACCCCCCCGGACAGCAACCUCAAGCUGCAAGAGAGCAGCGGCCACAACGGAGCUCUGCAAGUCUCCUGUUACGGUAAGGAGAGCAGUUUGGGAGAGGCCGACUUGCAGCCCAGCUCCGACCCUUCGGGAAUGGACAGCAGCUACCUCAGCGUGAAGGAGGCCGGGGUCAAAGUGCCCCAGGACAGGGCCAGCACGGACCUCCCCAGUCCCAUGGACAAGGCCGACUCGGAGAGCAACAAGGGCAAAAAGCGAAGGAACCGCACCACCUUCACUAGUUACCAGCUGGAGGAGCUGGAGAAGGUCUUUCAGAAGACCCACUACCCAGACGUCUAUGCCAGGGAGCAGCUAGCCAUGAGGACAGACCUCACCGAGGCUCGUGUACAGGUGUGGUUUCAGAACCGGCGAGCGAAAUGGCGCAAGCGGGAGCGGUUCGGCCAGAUGCAGCAGGUCCGGACCCACUUCUCCACCGCCUACGAGCUGCCCCUGCUCACCCGUGCUGAGAACUACGCCCAGAUCCAGAACCCCUCCUGGAUCGGCAACAAUGGAGCUGCCUCCCCCGUGCCCGCCUGCGUCGUCCCCUGCGAGACGGUGCCCUCCUGCAUGUCCCCCCAUGCUCACCCCCACGCGGCCGGCGGCGUCUCCGAGUUCCUCGGUGUCUCCGGCCCCGGCAGCCACGUGGGACAGACUCACAUGGGCGGCCUCUUCGGCACAGCCGGGAUGAGCCCUGGCCUCAAUGGCUACGAGCUGAACAGCGAGCCGGACCGCAAGACCUCCAGCAUCGCUGCCCUGAGGAUGAAAGCAAAGGAGCACAGCGCCGCUAUCUCCUGGGCGACAUGACAGGGCUGCAGCCCAGCGCCCGCCAGACACGGAGAGAGCACAUGGGGACAGCCCAAUAAAUCCAUCCGCUUGGACUCCAGACAGCAGUUGCCUCCUCGGGGAUCUGAAUGCAGCACUUUUAGCUACCCUAGGCAUAUAAAGUACAUAUGUUAACGUAAGUGGAGUGUUUCCAGCAUGAACGUGGCAGCUCCCGGCUUCCUGGGAUCAGGCAGGGAGAGGGAGGCUGUGGAGCAGCACCUCUUCCAGUGAGACCUGGGUCGGGAUGCGUCCCCUCUCACCACCACCUCCCCAAUAACCUGGGCAUUUUUUCUCCCCACUCCUUUUUCUGACACCAGAUCUGCCUUUCCAAAGAGCAAGAGCCGGCUGGCAUUUCAGCGGCUUCCCCCACCCCCGUACACACACACACAUACACACACACAAAACAUCCCCUCCUAAUUUGUCAACAGUGUUGCUCAGAUCUGUUCUGCCCUGGGCAGGGGACUGGAUGGGGACUCUGGCACCAGCAAAGAGACACCUCUCAGGCUGCUCCUGUCUUCUUAGCAGGAGCCACAACUUCCCACAGCUGAACGGGGAACAGAGCUGGGAAGAUACCCAGGGCUAGAAAGAAGGCAACAUUAUCCUGUCUCCUUCUACCCUGCUUCCUUCCUCUCCAUCUUGCAGUCUGAGGUGAAGCACGGAGCCGUAGAGGCCUGUGAAGGGGAUGCUUUUCUUCCCAACAGGGCACGGUGCCACCACGCUGGGAGUCUUUGCCCGCUCCCUGGUCACCUGGCGGGCACCCCAGCAGGCAAUAGCUUCCCAGCACGGCCGGCUGCCCCAGGGAGCACCUGAGGUUUGCUUUGCCACGGUCACGGUCAAUGUUGGGGGUCACGUGCAUGGUGGGGCAGCAAAAUGUCUCCUCUGGCUUUCACUGGGUCAGGAAUUACUACCCUCAAUUUAGAGACAGCAGCUAUGGCAGGGGAGUACAGCUGCUGUGUAAAUCCACAGGUCCCCAUAGAGACUGCUCUGAGAAACAGCUCAAGCGCUAGCACACAGCCACGGUUGUGCGGGGCCAUCAAAUUCCUCAUACGCCUUGUCCUGGGGUCAGAUACGUGCGGUGACAGCCCCUCCCUGCAGCCCUGAACCCCAGGGCUCUGCUGCACGCAGCU